AUUUUAACUUUAACUCGGGAGGUCGUCCGUGAAAACAGUAGACACCCGUUCCUAGCCGUGCGACACCCGAUACGUGUCCACGCAUCAACCAACAUGAAGCGAGUACAAAACCUCGCGGAGAUUUGCAGGCGAUCACGGAUUUUAUCUGAUGGAAACCUUUCCAGGCUGUCUGUGUCGCCUGUGAUGUCGCUGGUGAGACACUUGAGCACCGGACGUGUGGAUGUCAGUGGUAUCUAUCCCCCCAUAGCUACACCAUUCAAUAAGGAUGAAAGUAUUGCUUUUGACAAACUGACGGAAAAUAUGCAGAAGUGGAACAAGAUACCAUUCGGAGGUUAUGUUGUACAGGGAUCCAAUGGUGAAUAUGUGUACCAAACAGCAGAGGAAAGGGUCAAGGUCGUAGAACAUGUCGCCAAGACAGCGACCUCUGAUAAGGUCAUAAUGGCAGGCUCUGGAUGUGAAUCAACCAGAGAUACCAUAGAGAUGACCAAUCAGAUGGCAGAUGUUGGGGCACAUGCUGCCUUGGUUGUCACACCCAGUUAUUACAAGAAUGGCAUGCACAACAGAGCACUUAUCAAUCAUUUCACAAAGGUGGCUGAUGCCAGUAAGAUACCCAUACUAUUGUAUAGUGUCCCUGGCAACACAGCAAUUGACCUUGACCCAGAGGUCAUUAUAGCACUGUCCUCUCACCCCAACAUCAUUGGACUGAAAGACAGCGGAGGAGAUAUAGCGAAGCUUGCCAAUUUGGUGUACAAGACUAAGGGCAACGACUUCCAGAUAAUGGCUGGAUCAGCUGGAUUCUUACUGCCAUCCUAUCUUGUAGGUUGUGUGGGAGGGGUGUGUGGGGUGGCCAAUAUGCUGGGACAAGAACUCUGUGAUUUAGAGAAGCUGUACAAACAAGGACAGAUGGAUGGGGCUGUUAAGCUACAGCAGAGAAUCGUAGCUCCUAAUGCCUGUGUAACCAAGAGGUUUGGCGUCCCAGGUCUUAAGGUUGCUAUGGAGUGGUUUGGUUACUAUGGAGGCCCAGCAAGAUCGCCAUUACAACCAAUCACAUCAGAGCAGAAAGAAGUAAUGAGGACUGUUUUCAAAUCCUCAGGGUUUCUCUCUUGAGAGAAAGGAAUUCUAAGUACCAGCCUGUGACAUCAUAAGAAGAUCAGGAUGAUAUUUAUGUGUAUAGAAUUUUUAUAUUUUAUAUGCGUUUUAUUUAGAUUCUGUUACACUUAGGAACACAGAUAUGUAUGAUUGUAUAAAUCUUCAGGGAAAAUGUGAAAAAUAAAUAGAUAUAAUACUAUA